AGCCACUGGAGUGGCAGCAAGAGGCCAGAAAGCACUGCUGCUCAUCUGGUUUGCUGAACAUUGUGCAGUUCUGCCAUCUUUCCUGUUUCACUUCAUCCGGGGAUUUCCACCAGAGCUGUCAGUCACUUUCAGAGAGUCAUGAGUGGUGCAGGUGCAGGGUCGUUGGUUCUCAUUGGCUGUCUGCUGAGAGGUGCUCUGUGCCAAAAUGGGAAAGUCUUGAUUCCCAGCGGUAUUCAGGCUCUGAGUGGAUCUUGUGUGCUAAUUCCAUGUAGAUUUACAUUGAAGUCUAAAUAUGAGUCAUCCCUCACUCGUCCAUGUAAAGGAACAUGGAACAGAGUAUUCGUGAAACCAGGGUUAAUGGCACCCACAAGAGAUGACUUGCUGCAGAAGGACUGCACCACUAUCUUGAACCUUCCUUACCCUUAUCCCCGUUCCUACCUAUCCCAAUAUUUCUUAAACCUUGAAUGUGACAAAAGUCUACCAUUUGAGUUUCCUCAAAGCAUCAAUAUUGAUGUUAAAGACUCUCCUCCCCAACCCACUCUAACCCCAGUUACAGUGAUUGUGAAUGAGGGGGAAUCAGUGAGUUUGAUCUGCUCUGCUGCAAGCCCCUGUCCCUUUCUCCCUCCAACUCUGACAUGGACCCCCAGACUGGGUGACAGUGUGGAGAAACAAGAGAAGGGACCAAACUGGGACCAAACUGAAGUCAUGACUUCUACUCUGACAUUCACUGCAUCAUACCUUCAUCAUGGACAGACAAUGUCCUGCACUGCUCUCUACAAACGACUUGAUGGCAACAGUGAUGUAUCAUCUGAGAAAAGCCUCCCAAUCACUGUUCAAUACCCUCCCAGGAACACCUCAGUGUUGGUCCGUCCCUCUGGUUCAGUGGUAGAGGGAAGCUCUGUGACUCUGACCUGCAGCAGCAAUGCCUACCCAGCAGUGAAGAGCUACACCUGGUACAGAGUUAAUGAAGAUCAGGUGGCACCAGUGAAGGCUACAAGAGUGCUAAAUGUCCAAGUGUCGCAAGACAACACCCAGUUCUACUGUGAGGCCAGAAAUGAGCUUGGAUUGCAGAAGUCUGCUGUUGUUCAACUAGGUGUGCCAUAUAAACCCAGGAACACCUCAGUAUCAGUCAGUCCCUCUAGUCUAGUCGUAGAGGGAAGCUCUGUGACUCUGACCUGCAGCAGCAAUGCCAACCCAGCAGUGAAGACCUACACCUGGUACAGAGUCAAUGAGAGCAAGAUGGUCCCGAUGGAGUCUAGAUCUCGGUCUCUGGUUCUGCAGGAUAUCAGUGAGAGUGGACUGUUCUGUUGUGAAGCACAGAAUAGCUAUGGCAAAGAAAUGGCCAGCAUCUUUGUGUAUCUGCACCACUGCCCCUCCACACCUACAGUAUCAGUUCCAUCCAUAAUCUGUGGAGUGGUCAUUGUCCUGUGGAUUCUAACAGUCAUCUUCGGAGUCUAUAGAUAUAUCAGAUUAUCCAGAGGACUGAAGUCAGUAGAUGACACAUACACCACACUAGAGAUCUCCAACGUGACCUCUACUUAUGAAGUCUUACAGGUGAGAGCACUCUUUAGGCUAGUAUUAGUCAUUUGCACACUAAAAAAAAUCACUGUAGUUCUAACACUUUUGGAAAUGUGUAUAUAAGUAGCAUUUAUUUGACCACACAUAACGUGUGUGUGUGUGUCCAUGUGUGCGAGCAUGCACGUGUUUGUGUGUUUGUGUGUGUGUCAGAGGAAAGAGCAUGGUAGCAGAGGAGCACAGAGGGAGACCAGUGGCAGUGAUAUGUGAAUGCUGCAGAGGGGAGAGCGACAGUAACACCAUGAUCGUAGCUCUGGAUUCACGGUUUCGGCUCUACCUGAGAGAAGUGAAUAUAGGGACUGUGGUAAUAUACCUCAUCAGAACCUUUUUCAUCUAUCAGACAAAUGUAAAUAACAAACAUAAAUCAAGCUUUUCACUUUGUCAUCUCCAAAUAUUUUAGUUUAACCAUCCAUUUCCACCCUUUAUGUUUAUUUCAGUUCAUCUGUAUUUCAGGUUUUAUUGCACAUUUUUAUAUUCAUUCUAUAAUUAUAUCACAUGUAUUAAUUUCUUGAUGAUGAUUAAUUGGUUAAAUGUACUAGAUGGUUCUUCACUUGUGGUCCUCUGUAGCUCAGUUGGUAGAGCAUGGCACCAGGAUAGUGGAUUCGGUUCCCGGGUCCAACCAUAUGUAAAAUGUAUGCACACAUGACUGUAACGAACUGUUCAGAAAUUGCUGGGGGAG